GCAUUGUUUUAUCUUUAUGAAAGCGAUAGAUUCGUUUUUUAUCAUUCCCUAAUUGUUUGCAUUACUUUGCUGAGUUGCAGAAAGAGAUUAAAAUGGGUCAUCUGCUUAAUGAUUGGGCCAUCAUGUAACUCCCCGUUUUUUACCUCUCUCUUUUAUUUUUGAUUCUUUAACCCCCCUCCCCUUUUUUUUUUUUUUUUUUUGUACAAGAUGGUGAAAAAGAUUACACAUUUACGGCCUUCGAGUCGGUUUGACUUGGCAAAUUUCCCAGUGACAGAGACGAUAAAGAUGUUGACCUGUUUACUAGAAAAGAUCAUUAAAGCCAAUGAUGCCAUUAUAGUGAAGCAAGAAGAAUACAGUUGCUUCCAAUCAAGAUCAAAACCAAGUAUUGAUAUACAAUCUUACUUGACCAGAAUCUUGAAAUAUUGCCCUUGUGCAAACGAAUGCUUUCUUAGUCUGCUGGUCUACUUUGAUCGCAUGUCGUUACAAGCCAUUAAACAAUUACGCAUAGAUUCAUUAAACAUUCACCGACUAAUUAUCUCCGGCAUCAUGAUUUCAAGUAAAUUCUUUUCAGACGUCUUUUUCACAAACGCUCGAUAUGCAAAGGUGGGUGGUCUUCCUGUAAAAGAAUUAAACUCAUUAGAGCUUGAAUUCCUCUCCAUCAACAAUUACAAUAUUUAUAUCUCUCUAGAAGAGUUGCAACAGUAUGGCGAUCAGUUAUUAAUGCACGCCAUUAGAGAAAAAGAGUAUUUGGAGAUUGAACAGCAUCAACCUUUGAAAUACAUGUAUUAAUUCCUUCAUCUUUUCCCAUUAUUUCCUUGUACAUAA